AUUUCUCUUAAUUUUUAGCUAGCUGGCUACAAAAAUGGCUGACUCGGCUUCUAGCUAGCAGGUAGUUAUCGUCCUCUAGUGAGUGCACUCUACCGUAAAUAAAACAUUAUUGUCCACAUUAUCGUUACUAACUAACUAAUGAAUGUCGAACCGAAAAGCGGUUUUAUCAAACAAUAACCUUAACGUUAACUGACUGGCUAUUAAUUCAAACAACUCCUAUCGUUGCGAUGAGCUAACGUUAACUAAUAAAUAGCUUCUGUCGACAGGCAGAACGAACUAGCAUAUUGCGUGCUAACUUUAGGACAAACAACAUGCUAGCUAGCCAUCUGUCAAGCUUGCCAAGCAACCAUCUUGACUGAAAUUGCUACAAGUCAUUCGUUCAAUUACUUUCGGUCUUUGUAAAGAUGCAGGGAAGCAAUUGCUGAACAUCCCAAAGAAACCUUCUAGAAGACUUCAUCUCCCACAUAUAAGGAGCUGAUAUCAUGGCAAUGGAUGCGGCUGUGAUCGGUGCCAACGGAGAGAUGAAGGUUUUCUACAACCAGAACCUCAGUCCCAGCAAAGGUGUCCUGUCCCUGGUGACAGUCCACCCACAGUCUCUCUCUGUGGGCAAACAACUGCUUCCCAAAACCCUGGGGCCCUCCAAUGUCAACAUCGCCCCACACAUGGUGAUGGGUACCCCUCAGAGGCCCAGUGGGUCAGGGGGGUUAGUGAUGGGCAGCCCUCACACACCCAGUACCCAGUACAGACCACAGAGCCAGCCCCCUGAUGCCUCUCCCUGGUCCACCGGGAAGCGUGGUACUGGUAAGAAGGGGGAUAAGAACGGGAAGGGUCUUAGGCAUUUCUCCAUGAAGGUGUGUGAGAAGGUGCAGAAGAAGGGAGUAACUACCUACAAUGAGGUGGCUGACGAGCUCGUGGCAGAGUUCAGCGCCAACGACACCCUCCUCUCGCCGGGCGACUCGCAUUCCUACGACCAGAAGAACAUCCGACGGCGUGUGUACGAUGCGCUCAACGUGCUCAUGGCCAUGAACAUCAUCUCUAAAGAGAAGAAAGAGAUCCGGUGGAUCGGCCUGCCCACCAACUCAGCCCAGGAGUGUCAGAGCCUGGAGGUAAGAGAUCAGGAGUGUCAGAGCCUGGAGGUGGAGAGACAGAAACGACUAGAGAGGAUCAACCAGAAACAGUCUCAGCUUCAGGAGCUCAUUCUACAGCAAAUAGCGUUCAAGCGCCUGGUGCAGCGGAAUCGUGCAGCGGAGCAGCAAGCGGGCAGGGCUCCGCCCCCAAACUCUGUCAUCAACCUGCCCUUCAUCAUCAUCAACACCUCCAAGAGGACCGUCAUCGACUGCAGCAUCUCCAACGACAAGUUUGAGUACCUGUUCAACUUUGACAACAUGUUUGAGAUCCAUGAUGACAUUGAGGUGUUGAAGAGAAUGGGUCUGGCCUGUGGUCUGGAGGUGGGCCAGUGUUCACCAGAGGACCUGAAGGAAGCCCGCACCCUGGUGCCCAGAGCCCUAGAACCCUAUGUUACAGAAAUGGCCACGGGUCCAAUAAGCAACGUCUACAUCACAGGAGCCUCGUCUACAAACGGAGGAGGACGCUGUCACACAAGUAGCGCCGAUGGCACGGUGGCGUCCAUUUCCAACGACUCACACUACAGUGCCUCGCGAGGCCACACCCCCGUGUCCUACAUGGCAGACGAGGAAGAGGAUGACGAAGACUACGACGACAAUGAUUAAAUCAGUAGUUUCUCACUCUGCCAACUCUUAACAGCCCAGUCUGAUGACUAACUAGCUGUGUUCCAAAUGGCUUCCUAUACCCAAUAUGCUGAACUACUUUUGACCACGGCCAUAUUGGCACAGAGGUAGUGCACUGUGUAGGGAAUAGUGCCAUUUGGAAUGCAUGCAGCCCGUGUCCCAUGAACAAGUCUCUCUCCCUUCCUCCAGCUCCAUCUCAGGCCUUCCCUCCACCCCACCAAGCUAUCUACGAGGAGGCCCCUGCUUCUCCUUCCUCAACUGCCUUCAGAAUGCACAGAGCUCACGCAAUGGCCUUCUGGGAAACGUAGUCUUUGUUGACACUAUGACUGUAUAAUGCCUUUUGUGGGAAUUUAAUUUAUUUUUUUCUCCUUCUGAAGCUGUGAUUGCUAUGAGUAUAAUCUCCACAACGUGCUCCUCUUCUGCCCGCCUCCCGUUACAGGAAAUGGGAUCUUUCUCAUGCCAAACUAGUUUUUUGUUGUUUCUUGAGUGAACUGAUAGACGGCCACAGAAAGAUUCCCUCCAGAAACCUGAGGUCUUGUGUGGCUGUAUUAGUGUUUAACACCAUGAACAGUAGUGGUGUGUCAUUGACAUGACAGUGAAAUGACUUCCUAUACAGCUCCAAGGGGAGAGAGUGUGUGUGUGUGUGUGUGUGUGUAGCUCCCAGGGGAGAGAGGGAGAGUGUGUGUAGCUCCCAGGGGAGAGAGGGAGUGUGUGUGUGUGUGUGUAGCUCCCAGGGGAGAGAGAGUGUGUGUGGUGUGUGUGUGUAGCUCCCAGGGGAGAGAGGGAGUGUGUGUGUGUAGCUCCCAGGGGAGAGAGGGAGUGUGUGUGUGUUUUGUACUUUACUUAUUUGUAGUAAUAUUUUCUUAUUUUGUGUGACUUUCUUCUGGCAGCUAUUUUAAAGUUGGGUCAGAAUGUGUGUUUUUGGACGGUCACUUGGCCCUGCGUGUCACUGCGAGUACCUACAGACAGCAGAGGCCAAAUGUCCCUGUGUGUGAGUACCUACAGACAGCAGAGGCCAAAUGUCCCUGUGUGUGAGUACCUACAGACAGCAGAGGCCAAAUGUCCCUGUGUGUGAGUACCUACAGACAGUAGAGGCCAAAUGUCCCUGUGUGUGAGUACCUACAGACAGUAGAGGCCAAAUGUCCCUGUGUGUGAGUACCUACAGACAGUAGAGGCCAAAUGUCCCUGUGUGUGAGUACCUACAGACAGUAGAGGCCAAAUGUCCCUGUGUGUGAGUACCUACAGACAGUAGAGGCCAAAUGUCCCUGUGUGUGAGUACCUACAGACAGUAGAGGCCAAAUGUCCCUGUGUGUGAGUACCUACAGACAGCAGAGGCCACAUGUCCCUGUGUGUGAAUACCUACAGACAGCAGAGGCCAAAUGUCCCUGUGUGUGAGUACCUACAGACAGUAGAGGCCAAAUGUCCCUGUGUGUGAGUACCUACAGACAGCAGAGGCCAAAUGUCCCUGUGUGUGAAUACCUACAGACAGCAGAGGCCAAAUGUCCCUGUGUGUGAAUACCUACAGACAGUAGAGGCCAAAUGUCCCUGUGUGUGAAUACCUACAGACAGCAGAGGCCAAAUGUCCCCUCUCAAAGCAAGGUGACCAUGUUCAUAAUCUCAGAAUUGGAGUCUAACGUUGUUGUAAAUUGGAAGUGGUUCUCUGCCUGGCUGGCAGAGAGAUAAAAACGUACCAAAAUGAUUCUAAACAUCUCAAUGCUCUACUUAAUGAACGACACCCAGAGUGUAGUAUGAUUCUAAACAUCUCAAUGCUCUACUUAAUGAACGACACCCAGAGUGUAGUAUGAUUCUAAACAUCUCAAUGCUCUACUUAAUGAACGACACCCAGAGUGAAGUAGCUGUGUAUUAUCAAUGAAGUGAACUUUGGGGAGGGUGGAGCCAUUCAUAGGGUUGUAACAAGCUCAAGACUUCAGGAUUGUGGCUAAAGCCAAAAUAGGGGAGUCCACUACAAUGACCCACCUCCCCCCCAGGAACUUUUGUAAUGCUGAAAACAUGUUGACUGCAAUACCAUACCUUUUCUUUCUGUUAUCUAAUGAGUUUGGAAAUUAUAGAGAAUAAAUAUAGAGUGUGUUUGAA